ACCCGACGAUAUCAUACGAGUACGACACGCCCCGCUCUCCUUCUCUUUUUACAAUCAAGGAUUCCUUUUUUUUCUCCCGGUAAUUCUCUCCCGGCGGAUUUUUCCACGAAACCCUAUAACCCAAUUUCCUAAGAAAUCAUUUACGUCACCCUCCGGGGAAAUCCCCGAGUUCCGGCGGGGAGGGGUUUUGAUCGGCUGCGAGGAUAUUUUAAAACGCGAGCUAGGGUUUUACGAUUGGUGGAGGUUUCUGAAGCAUUGGGGCGGUAGGGUUUGCUCUUUAAGGCCGAAAUUAGGGUUUCGUGGCGAUGGGGAGCGUGGAUCGAGUCGAUGAUAGGACCUUUAGGGUUAAUUUGACGGGCGAUUCAGUCAUCAAGUUGAGAGAGAGUGUGAGAGAGAAGCUUAAGGAGUUCAUGGGGGAUUACACCGACGACACUCUUGUGGAAUACGUUAUUGUCCUUCUAAAGAAUGGCAGGGGCAAAGAAGAAGCAAAGAAUGAGCUGAACGUGUUUUUGGGGGAUGACAGUGAUUCUUUUGUUUCUUGGUUGUGGGGUCAUCUGGCUUCAAAUUCGGAUUUGCAUCUACAAUCAGAGGAUCCUGAGGUGGAAGAUGUGAGUAAAAGAAAAACCACAUCAGGUGACCUUACAGGAAAAAGUGAUUUGUAUCAUUUGGGUUCUGAGCCAGAAAGGGAGAAGUCUAAUAAGUCAACUAAAAGCCGGCACACUAGAGAAUGGAAAGGGCUAACAAGGGAUGCAGCUGAGCCCCCUCCUUUUCGAAGCUCUGAGAUCGGAGAUAUUCAUGUAGAAGAAAAAAGUCGUAGCAAAGUCAGUGAUGCGAAGUCUCCUUCGCGUCAACCUGCAGCUCAAAGGAAAAGGAUUCGGCCUGAUGAGCGACACAAUACAGAGAGGGAACCAGUUUCUGAAGUGACUAUUGAUGCCCCUCGACGGCUACUCCAAUUUGCUAUGCGUGAUGCAUUAACGACCUCAAGGCAAUCCAAUUCAGCAACUCAGCCCACGUUGAAGCGUCUUCGUUCUGUGGUAUCUAAACCCACUGUUGACUCAUCAUUGGUUGAUCGUCCUCGACGGAUUCAGUCUGUCGCCAGGGUGCCAAAUCCCAUGUCAACUGUAAUGAAAGCUGUUGCAGAAGCUGCUGAAGAUGUAACAAGAGUUAAACCUUCAAGGAGUGUGUUUGACCGACUAGGUCGUGGUAUGGAGUUUUCUGAGACCAGUGUGCCUCUUGCACCAUCCAGAGAUGCUGCUACCGAGGAUGUUGAAUUUGAAGAUGUCGUCCAACUUAAUGAACAAAAACGAUCGUCAUAUCCGGCUAGAAGUGAAUACAGUGGACAGUAUGUAGGGAAUGCUAUGUUAGAAAGUGAAACUGGUUUGGCUUCUGAUUUUGUAUCGGACAAUGAAGGGUUUGAUGAUGUUAAUGUUAUGGGUCGUAUAGUUACUGAUGUUUCUCAAACUGGGACAUCUGGUGGAAGCAAGGCUGAAAAUUUACUAAUGGCGCGUUACAAUGUGGCGAAGAAUGUUGAUGAUGUUAUGCAGCUAUCCAGGAAUAAAGAUCACGGUCAAUCUUUUGCAGCUGCGAAUUCUUCUCAUAAGAUUGUGAAUAUAUCUGUGAAUGUCAAUACUUGGAAAGCACCCCAUUAUCAGGAGCCAAGAGAAGUUGCUGGUGAUGAUUGGAAAUCCCUACAGAAUAGUGAGGCAGGGGUUGCCAAAUCUGGUUUGCAUGUGAUGAAGGAGAACGGCAAUCCUGUUGGAGCAAGUAAUGGAAAUGUAACACCUGCUGCAGAUUCUCCUAAGAUGCUUUCCUCUUCUGCUGGUCUAUAUGCCAGUGGACGCCCAUUGGAGGAUGCAGAUUGUCGAACUAUCUUUGUUAACAAUGUCCACUUUGCUGCUACAAAAGAUAGUCUUUCUCGACAUUUCAACAAGUUUGGGGAAGUGCUAAAAGUAGUGAUAGUUACUGAUGCAGCAACUGGGCAGCCUAAAGGGUCAGCUUACGUAGAGUUCACACGGAGGGAGGCCGCAGACAAUGCAUUAUCUCUGGACGGAACCUCUUUCAUGUCAAGGAUCCUCAAGGUUGUAAAGAGGGGAGCUGCACAUCAAGAAGCAGCUCCGGGCAUGACGUGGCCAAGGGUUGCCCGGGGCACUCCAUUUGCCACUGCCAGGUUUGGUUGGUCCCCAUUCCAGAGAGGCAUGUCUGGUGCAUAUAGGCCUCGCCCCCUAAUCAAACCUGGUGCCAGGAGCAUGCAGUGGAAGCGUGAUACUCAGGCCAAUCCAGGUGAGAUGGGUGCUCCAGUCACUGCCACUGCUGUUCCUUCACCAACAGCUCGCAGUCUUAACCUAUGUUCGAACAGAACCUAAGCCAGACGGAAACAAGUCCCGAAUAUGACGUUACCUUCUGCGGUAUGCCCGACAUGAAAUGCUCGUGGUCCUCGGAAUUCCAAUAAAUUGGGGUAUAUUCUUUUUGUAUAUGGUCGAGAACAUUUUUACAUGGAGGCGGAAGAAGUGAAGGCGAAGGCUUCCCCACUCGAAAAUUUUGGCUUUAUUCUUUGGGUUGGAGAUGAAAGGGAGUUAAUUAUGGCAUGGGAUCAUAAAGCGAUGGAAAACAUUUUUGGAGAUAAGAGUAGUAGUCAGCUCAUCAAGUGUUUUCUGACGGAGAUGUUACUGUUUAGGUUCAAAUUUGUGUAUAGACGGACAGAUUAAUGGUUUAUUUUUUGAAGGAUAUUAACUUUGUUAAUCUGUUUCGUAACAUUUAUAUUUUGAUAAAAAAAAAGAGAAAAUGGAAAAAAAGAGAUAUUAAUUGCCUUGUA